AGUGACAUAACCCGUCUCACGCUGAGCGCGCGCGUUUAUUUUCGUUUGCUUUACAUCCGAUUUAUUUAUUUAUUUUAAAUGUAAAUAGUAUUUCAAAUUAACGUUACCAUUAUUUAAUAAAAUGCCUUAUUCAAUGAUACGGCACUUACGCCGAACAGUGCUUUUAACUCACCAAAUACGACUUGAAAGCACCAUGACUAAUUUAACUCAUGAAGAUUACCUGAUUCGACCUCCAAUAACACAAUGGAGCAAAAUAAUUAGAGAAGCAGAAAAAAUUGUUGGAUAUCCAACCUCUUUUAUGAAUCUUAGAUGGCUACUAAGUGACGAAUUCGCUAACAUGGCCAUGCAUUUACGCAAAGUGGUGGACAGUAACCAUCCGUUGAUGAAAACAGCAAAAUCGGUCAUAUAUAAUGAACAUAACAACCUUCAACCAUGGGGUCUAGUUAUCCUACUUUUAUCGAAAGCAGUGAACCCACCAAUGUCACCUUUGCAAGCCAGUAAAGUUAAUGAGAGCCAACGUAACCUUGCCGAACUAACAGAAAUGAUACGAACAGGUCACUCAGUUCACAGAGGACUUCUGAAUAUACCGAGAGGAAAAUAUAAAGAUUUUGAUACAGAACUAUUUGCUAAUAAAAUAGCUAUAUUAAUCGGUGAUUACUUACUUGUUACUGCUAAUGGGAUGCUGGCACGUCUGAAAAAUCAAGAUUUAUCUUAUUUAAUAUCUACAGCAUUACGGGAUAUAAGUGAAGGUGAAUUCUUUGGUGAUAGGGAUUCACAAAACAUGCCGUUACCAGGUAAACCGUUGAGUAUGUUGGAUUUGUAUGAAAUAAAUAGUGACACGUUGCCUUUAGAUGUAACGAAUGUAUUAGGAUCACCAACAAAAGAGUGGACAUUACGGACUUUGUAUGAUGGUGGUAGUUUGUUUGGUCGGGGAUGUGAGGGUGCUGUUCUAUUAGCAGGAAAAGGAAAGAAAGAACAAGAAAGGGCUUAUUUAUUAGGUUGUCAUUUGAGUUUAGUUUGGCAAGCGGCGAGUGAUUUGCAGAAAUUCACAACAAAUAAUAAAGAAUCUUUCUCCUUAGUUAGUGCUCCGGUACUAUUCGCGGUGAAUGAAUCACCAGAUCUUUAUGAGGAGAUAGAAAAAUUUAAAAAUGAUUUAAGGGAAUUAGAUUACGAUGCACUUAAGAGUUGUGUUUUAAAAACAAAUGCAGUAGAACAAACUAGAAUGUUGUUUUCAACUAAUUCAAAAAUAGCAUCCAGGUAUGCGGACAUGUUUGGUAACUGUGAAUCUAUUAGAACAAUUAAAAGGUUAAUAGAAACAUUGUUAUAACAUAUGUUUUUAAACCUUUUUGUUAAGGAAAAUAAUCCAUAUUAUGUAUUUAGUAUUAGGUACUAAAUAAGUUACCUUAAAUACCUGGAUAUUAGUACAGAGAUAAAAGUGGAACUAAUUAUGAUUCUCUAAUGCAGUGUUUCCCAAAGUGGGCGAUAACGCCCCCUUGGAGGCGUUUGAAACCUAGGAGGGC